UGGGGACAGGCACUGGCUCUUCCAGUCUUCCUUCGUGGUUUGCUUGCAUCGACUUUGUGCACCAGCUCAUGGUCUCAAGAUGUAUGAAAUAAUAGCAAUUGCACUAUUAUUGUUCGCUUCCAUCACUACAUCAACUACCAAUGACGAAUCUUCCACCUCAACUGACUCUGCUACUGAACAUCCAACUCCCACACCAGGCCUUGCUCAAACAGAGGAUGAAACAACAAAAGGGCCUGUUGAUGCUGAUAAAGGCCAUCUUCUUUUAAAUUCCACCCUAGCUGGGAGCCCAGCACUAAGAAAUCAACUUGACCAUGCAUUGUCAGAACCAGUGAUAAUACCCAUUAUUCUGGGAGUGAUUGCUGGGAUCGUUGGCAUUAUCGUCCUUAUCUCUUACUGUAUUGGCCGACUGACAAAGAAGAGCUCAUUUGACAUACAACUUUCCUCCUCACAGGGUCCAAACGUGACUCCACAUUCUGUUGAAGUAGAAAUCCCAGAAAACUAAGCAAUGGAAAUCUGCUCAUUCAAACAAAUAUUUGCAAAAAAUCAGAGAAGACAUUAGACUUCAGUCAAAUGAAAAAUGAAUGUGUGAUUUGGACAUUCCAGUGUUAUAUACUUCCCUAAACUUACGAAUUCAGAAUGCAAAUUUCAUCGUCACAACUGCUGGUGAUGCUACAAUGAAAAUAGAUCUUCGCUCACUAACACUUCAAGAUAGAACUUUUUUUGCAUACUUGUUUCUGUGUUAAUAUAAUUUUUUUUAUAAUCAUGAUUGGAAAUUCUGGGCCAAAAUUUCAGAAUUCAUUGACUGGUUCUUAAGAUUACCUUAUUUUGUACUAUUGGAUUUUAAUUAUGGUGCUAUAAAAUGAAGGUUUUGUAA